AAAGAUGAGCCCUGAGGAAGAAGGUGGCCGAGGGGGCGGGUCUCCACCGGCUGCUGGAGCCAUUAUACAUCCAGCUCCAUAUCCUUUAACUUCUAGCCCAGCAUCUGGAACAGAACCUUGUGUGAGAGAUAUAAUAUCUACACCUGUUUCUGCAGCAGACACAACUACUAAUUUAACGGACUCUGCAGUCCUUUUAACACACUUGCAAGAAAGUAUUAGUUCAAACCCUAGCCCUACUACUGGUGAUGAUGUUGAGAAAUUUGAUGGCAAAAUUGUUUAUAAUCCAGAUGGAUCAGCAUAUAUAAUCGAAGGCGAAAGUGAACUUAGUGAUGAUGACUCUUUACCAGAUGGGUGUAUUGUUGAUGGUCGAGGAAUGUCUAUUCCUCAUUCCUUAGUAUUCCCACAAAUCGCUAGUGCAUAUUAUGUAUCUAGGCUCUAUGCUCAUCAAGCCUAUCAGCAUCAGCAACAGAGAAAACCGUCAAUUACACCACAAAAAUCUGAACUGCCUGUUAUGCACAGUUAUCGUGUAAUAAGUUAUCGGAGUUCUAAAAAUAAUUCGCAACCUCCUCCUAUUACGGCGGCAUCAUCAAUACCAGUUGCAUCAGUGCCCGUGAAACCAAUUCUUAUGUGUUUUAUUUGCAAACUUAGUUUUGGCUAUACAAAAAGUUUUGUUGCACAUGCUAAUGGAGAGCAUCAAUUAAUAUUAUUAGAUGAUGAAAAACAUAUAUUAUCUCAUUCAACUGCUUCUGCCAUCAUACAAGCAGUAGGCAAAAGUAAACAACCUAUUGUCAGUUUUUUAGAACCUGUGUCAUCUUCAACUUGCUCUCAAGAUUCAUUAGAAAAUAUUUCAUUAUCACCAUCACGUAACGGAGAUGAAGUAAUUUAUCAAGGCAUAUCUCAUAAAACAAAUUCAAAUAUGACGUCAUCUAGUUCUGUUAGUAGUUCCUUAAACUUGCAGCACAAACCAAUUAAUAAUACUUCAGUAAUUACAACAUCGACAAACAUGAGUUCUACGUAUAAUCAACCCAAUAAUCAAUGGAUAAAUACGCAAGUGAGUUCUUCCUCGUGGACUAAAGUAAAUGAAAGUUCUACACUUAGUUAUGCUUCGUCAACUUCAUCAAUACCAUUAAAAAUGUCUCAAACAUCAUUUACCAACUUAUCACAACCCCCAAACUUCUUAAGUGGAACGACAAUUGGUGUGUGCCCAGAACAUAUCCAAGGGCGACCAAGUGGUGUUGAGUGUUCUAAGUGCGAAUUAAUAUUAACAAAUAGUAGAUUGACAGCAGCAGCUAGUAGUACAUUAACAGGAAUCCAUAGCAGAAAUUCAUGUAAAACCUUAAAAUGUCCUAAAUGUAAUUGGCAUUAUAAAUAUCAAGAAACUUUAGAGAUACACAUGAAAGAAAAGCACCCAGAAAGUGAAACGUCGUGUAUAUACUGCAUUGCAGGUCAACCUCAUCCGAGAUUAGCAAGAGGUGAAACAUACACUUGUGGCUAUAAGCCGUACAGAUGUGAAGUUUGCAAUUAUUCAACAACUACAAAGGGGAAUUUAAGCAUUCAUAUGCAAAGUGAUAAGCAUCUUAAUAAUAUGCAAGAACUACAACAAAACAACAGCACUGCCGCUAAUAACCCCUCCUCCUCACAAGAUGUUACAAAUCCAUCAAGAAGUCCACAUCGUCAACAAAAUCAAAGCCCACUAUUAAGUCAUCAACCUCUCAAUCAAGGAAAAUCAAAGCCAACCUUUCGAUGCGAUGCUUGUAAUUAUGAGACCAGUGUUGCAAGAAACUUACGAAUCCACAUGACGAGUGAAAAACACACUCACCAUAUGCUUGUACUACAGCAAAAUAUCAAACAUAUACAAACGAUAUCAGCACUUCAGAGUCACCAUCAACAAGUUCAGCAAAAUCAAGUUCAGCAAAACCAUUAUGUCAAUCCUCAACAAUUUGAACAGUUAUUCCGAUUAGGAAAUAUGGAAAAACCCCAACAUGCUGAAGCUGCUUUAGCAGACAUGGCUUAUAAUCAAGCUUUACUGAUUCAAAUGAUGACAGGAGGCCAACUACCAGCUCAUUUGUCUCCUGAAAUUAUAAGUGGAAUGGCCAACAUUAAUGCUUUAACCAAUAUUGGAUCAGAUAUUGGCUUAACACCUGAAAGUAUGGAACCUCCGCCAGAACCAUCAGAUCCUGAUCCAUGUCAUUUAUUUCAAUGUUGCGUUUGCAAUAAUUUUUCUACUAAUUCAGUAGAAGGAUUGGGUAUUCAUUUAGCUUUAGAUCGAACCAAAGUUCGAGAAGGGGAGAUACUUAGUAAUGUUGCAGGUCACUUUAUUUGUAAACUAUGUUCCUACAAAACAAAUUUAAAGGCAAAUUUUCAACUUCACUGUAAAACAGAUAAACAUUUACAAAGAUUGCAACACGUUAAUCACGUUAAAGAAGGUGGGACUCGCAAUGAAUGGAAACUAAAAUAUUUAGCAUCACCAACUAGUACAGCACAAAUACGCUGUCAUGCAUGUGAUUAUUAUACAAAUAGUGUCCAUAAAUUAGCUCUUCAUGCAGCUUCCCCUAGACAUGAGGCAGCUGCUCUUUUACUCCGACAUUUGCUUGAGGCUAGCAACAACAUUUCAUCAAUUGCAAAACUCUAUUUUUGUGCUCUUUGUGGAUUUAGUUCAAAAAAUAGACUACCUUUAUUGCAGCAUGUGAGAUCAGUACGACAUCUCCAAAUGGAACAAUUACAUCAAUUACAAAGACGUGCAGGAAUACAAGGUACUGAUACUCCACAAACUGAUAUUGGAGAUGUUUUUCAAGUAAUGUCGGAUCCUAAUGCAUCUUUAAGACAAAAAUCUCCUACCUUACACACGCCUCCUAAUGCGCCUACAACAAAAAACACUCGACCUGAAGAGGAAAACGACUGCAGAAGUGAAAUAAAACAAGAGAUAGACCAGGAACAUGAACAAGAAAAUGAUACUGAGUAUUUUACUUGCUCUUAUUGUGCAUUUCAAGCAUUAUCUACUACUGAAAUACAAAAUCAUAUACAAAUUACUCACAUCCAAGAUACUAACGACAGUAUGGGUAGCUUAAAAAUGAAUGUUAAUUCGAGUCUAUUAUGUCCUUUGUGUCAAGACUGCUUUCAACAAAGAUCCGCUCUGGAAAAACAUGUCAUGCAAAUCCAUUCUGUUAAUUCUGACGGCUUACAAAGACUUUUACUUCUUGUCGACCAAAGUCAUUGGUUAAACAAUAAUAGAGUAUCUACUCCCUGCUCUAGGUCUCCUGAUACUCUAUUUAAGAAAGAUGAAGAAAGUAUCGAACAAGUAAGUAAUGAUGACUGUGAUGAAACUGUUAAAUGUAGUAUAUGCUCAAAAGUAUGUAAAAAUUCUGAAGAACUACAGCAGCAUCACAGAGAAUUGCAUUCGUCAUCAUCAGCAAUACUCGCUUUGGCUGUCAGUGAGAAGCAUGUUUACAAGUACCGAUGUGGUCAGUGUAGCUUGGCAUUCAAAACACUAGACAAACUUCAGCAGCAUUCCCAGUACCACGCAAUUAGAGAUGCAACUAAAUGUGCUGUAUGUUGCCGCUCUUUUCGAUCAGUGCAAGCUCUCCAUAGGCAUUUGGAAACAUCUCACACAGAGUUGCAGGACGAUGAAUUGGCCCAGUAUAAAAAAAGUUUGAUGAAUUCACAUCCUUUUAUGCAAGUUUUUACAGAAGAAACUCUAAGACGUCAAGGAAUUUUAGAUGAUGAACAACUGGUUGAUGACGAAGGAAAAAUUGACGACGAUGAUGAAAAUGAGCUCAACGAAUUAUCUCCAUUGCCCCAAGAACAACGGUUAUUAGAAGAUUAUCUUAACAGCCAGUCCAUUGCAGAAGAUUCAUAUAAUGACAAUGGUCGAAAGUUUAAGUGUCAUCGAUGUAAAGUAGCAUUUACAAAACAAUGUUAUCUUACUGUUCAUAACAAAUCUUUACUCCAUCGAAAAGGAGAAAAAAUGCCAUACCCUAUGGAAAAAUAUUUAGAUCCCAAUAGGCCAUAUAAAUGUGAUGUUUGUAAGGAAAGCUUUACCCAAAAAAAUAUACUUCUUGUUCAUUAUAAUAGUGUAAGUCAUUUACAUAAACUAAAAAGAGCUAUGCAAGAGCAGGGUAGUAGUAAUUCUUUUGCCAGUACAGAACUUUCCACGAGUCUGUCUAUGAUAAGUGAUACCCCACAAGAACAGGAUAAAAAACCAUAUAAAUGCAACAUUUGUAAAGUUGCUUAUUCCCAAGGAAGUACUUUAGAUAUUCAUAAAAGAAGUGUACUUCAUCAAACGAGAGCAAGUAAAAUUCAUGAUUUAGCUAUCAGUGGUCAGCUAGACUUAUCUCGUCCAUUAAUUGAACAACCAGUUGUUAGUCCCAAUAGUACGUCGUUCAAUAAUAACUUAGAUGUCAAUACUAAUAACUUAUCUUGUAUUAAAUGUAAUGCACUGUUUAAUACUCAAGAUCAACUCAUGGUCCAUCAACAACUAUAUUGUAUUUUUAGCAAUCCGUUGCUUUUAUUUCAACAGUUAGCAACAAAUCAACAGAUCACAAUAUCUCCAUCAAAAACACCCCCUCCGUCAGUGUCAUCAUCUCUUGAAAAACAUAUGGAUCAAUCUGAUUUUCAUACUUUGUCUUCUUCUCAAGAUAUUUCUUAUCAACCCAAACACAAGACCUCGCAAAUGUACAAACAUUUACUAGAAAGUUUUGGUUUCGAUUUAGUUAUGCAAUUCAAUGAAAACCAUCAACGAAGGCAUAGAAAGGAAAACGACAUUAUGGCCACUUAUCAAUUCAAUGAAGAAAAUAGAAGUGAUACUAAAGGGAAUAGCCUUAAUAGUAAUGAAAAAGAUCAAGAAGUAGAAUAUUUAGAAGAAGUAAUUCCAGAAAUUAAAAAAAGUACCUGUCAACACUGUAGUAAGGAUUUUAGCAGUGUGUGGGUCCUUAAAGCACACUGCGAAGAAGUUCAUCAAGAUUUGGUCCCUCGAGAAUUUCUGGAAAAAUACGCACAGCAAUUUAAAUGUGAGUACGAGAAAAAAAUUGUUAUAGUAACUGCAGCAACAUCGUCUUCAACUACAACAGCUCCUAUAACAACAACUCCAACAUCUUUGUCAACACAGGAUAACAUUAGUUUUGAGAGUAGAGAAAAAGAUUAUGGACUUGAUAUCAAGGAUCACGUCAGCAAAACACCAGAAGCAACCUCAACCACCCCUGCAACUACUCCAGCAUUAAGUAAUACCCCAGUUUCAAGUUCUGAUUCCACUACUCCAACAGUACAUAGCAAUAUACCCCAAACAUUUAUUCAACAACAUCAGCAGCAAAUUGAACAACAGCAGCAGCAACAAGUUCACUUAACACUAGCUCAACACAUGAAUGAAAUGCAAGCUGCAUUUAAUGCUAUGGCAGCUUCUCAGCUUCAUCAAUAUCCGAGUAUAAUGAUGAGUAUGAUGGGAUUACCUCUGGGAUUAAAUGUCCCUGCUCUUGCUGCUAUGAAUCUUCAACCUCCUUUGGUACCCGUUAUGCUACCUCCUCAAAGUAUAGAUGCAAAUAGUGUAUACUCACCUAUAUCAGUUCAAUCUGAUCGUAUAGUCAAACAACACCUUGCUAUACAACAGCAACAACAACAACAGGCCAAUGCAGUGGCAUCCCAAAAACGUGCUCGAACAAGAAUCACGGAUGACCAGUUAAAAAUUCUCAGAGCUCACUUUGAUAUAAAUAACUCACCAGGAGAAGAUCAAAUAAUUGACAUGGCAACUCAAAGUGGCUUACCUCCAAAGGUUAUCAAGCACUGGUUUCGUAAUACACUAUUUAAAGAGCGUCAGCGAAAUAAAGACAGUCCUUACAAUUUUAAUAAUCCACCAAGUACUACCCUAAAUUUGGAGGAGUACGAAAAAACUGGUGAAGCAAAAGUGAUACCCUUAGACUCUACUACACUUAUUAAUACCACAGAAGUUAAAAAUGAAGAGAAGCGGUUACUCACAUUAGAAACAUGUAUUGAACCUCAUAUGUCCUUAGACAGUAUUAUAAAACAGGAAUGCCAUGAUCAAAUAACCAUCCACCAUACAAAGGAUGAAUAUCCAUCUCCAGAAAGCUCGGUAGAUCGAUCAUCUCGAACACAAUCACCCGUCACAUCUUCUGUAGUAACUAGCUCUCACCAUGACACGUGCUUAACUUCUGUAUCUAUCGUAUCUCAAACGUCAACAAUGCUUCCUCCUAAAAUUAUGCCACAAAAUCUUAACAUAUCAGGUCCAUCUAUCACAGCAUCUUCGUCAAACAGUACGUCUCCGAUAUGCUUAUCUAACCAAAGUUGUAGUAGUCCAACUAAAGUAGCAGAUUUCUCAUUCCACUGUAAUAAUAAUUCUAACAAUUUUGGAAAUAGCUCUGGAAAAAGAGCUAAUCGCACUAGAUUUACUGAUUAUCAAAUUAAGGUACUGCAGGAAUUCUUUGAAAAUAAUGCUUACCCAAAAGAUGACGAUUUGGAGUAUUUAAGUAAACUUUUAGGACUGAGUCCUCGAGUUAUUGUUGUCUGGUUCCAAAAUGCUCGACAAAAAGCUCGCAAAGUAUAUGAAAAUCAACCUUCUGUUGAACCUGUUUUUUCCGGACGUGAUAGUGAUGAUGGAACCGGUAGAUUUCAAAGAACACAAAGUCUUAACUACCAAUGUAAGAAAUGUUUACUUGUGUUUCAGAGAUAUUAUGAACUGAUCAGACAUCAAAAAACUCAUUGUUUUAAAGAAGAAGAUGCUAAACGAAGUGCUCAAGCUCAAGCUGCAGCAGCUCAAGUAGCUGCUGUGCUUAGCUCUGAGGAUAGUAACAGUAGCUCAACAACAACAAAUACUCUCCAAUGUGCCUCUAUAAAUACUCAGUCAGUAUUAGAGCCGUCUUCAAAUUCGAAUACUGCAAUAUUUCAACAGCAAGCAUCACCCCAACAAAAUCAAAUAAAUCAAAAUACUUCUCAAUCAGAAUCUAAAGAUGAAAACUUUCAAUGUGAUAAGUGUAAUCUCGUUUUUGGGAGAUUUGAGUUGUGGCGUGAGCAUCAAUUAGUACAUAUCAUGAAUCCAACACUAUUUUCUCCAAAUUAUCCGCCAGAUUCAGCAUUUGGUAUAUUACAACAACAAGGAAUAAAUGACUCUAGUUUAUCACUUGAAAUAUCACAUUCACUGUUAGGAGUUGUAAACGAGAGAAAAAAAAAAUAUGACGAUUUUGAAGACGGACUAAAUGCAGAUAACAAAUCCAAUGUAGAUCAAGCAGAACAACCAAAAGAUAAACGCCUACGCACAACUAUUCUUCCGGAACAACUUGAUUAUUUAUACCAAAAAUAUCAAAUAGAAUCAAAUCCCUCUCGAAAAAUGUUGGAAACCAUAGCAAGAGAAGUUGGUUUAAAGAAAAGAGUUGUUCAAGUAUGGUUUCAGAACACUCGUGCACGGGAGAGAAAAGGUCAAUUCCGAGCUCAUAGUCAAGUCAUAAACAAGCGGUGUCCAUUUUGUCCAGCUCUUUUUAAAGUAAAAUCUGCUCUAGAAUCACAUUUAAAUAGUAAACACAUGGAUCAAGCUUCCAGAAGCGAAUUUAAUAUUGAUAAUAUACCAGAUGAAGAGAUAUCAUUAGAAUCAUCUCCAUCUAAUCCCAGUACACCAAAUAUGAUACCUUCUUUGGUUUCUCCUAUAAACAAUGAAGUAGAAGCCACUUUAAAAAAGUACUACGAAGAGUCUAUGAAACGUUACUUAACGGAACUGCAAGCACAUUCUAGCAAUGGCAAACAAGACAUGAAUAGUUCCCAUUUUUUUAAAAAUAGUAUAGAUUCCCCUCUGGAUUUGAGCAAGCCAGUUGAUUUGAGUAAACCAGUCAAGAUAAGUCUAGGUAAUUUAAUUCACUAUACUGAAGAACAUAAUAGUUCACAACAUAUACGUAGUAAUAGUGAUUGUGGGCCUCUUACUGAUGUAUCCGAAAAAAGUGUAUGCGAUGAUGACAGUAUGAGUGAAACUACAGAAUUUCUCGACGACGAAAGUAAUCCUACUAGUCCUGCAUCAAGUUCUCAGAGUUCUAAACAAGGAUUAAGUAACAACAGUUCAGGACAUACUAUUUCAUGUGGAAGUAUCACUGCAGCACAAUCUGGAGGAAAAAGAUAUCGAACGCAGAUGUCAACAACACAAGUAAAAGUUAUGAAAUCGUUAUUCUCUGAUUAUAAGACUCCUACAAUGACUGAGUGCGAAAUGCUUGGACGAGAAAUAGGACUUCCAAAGAGAGUUGUUCAGGUUUGGUUUCAGAAUGCGCGUGCAAAGGAAAAAAAAGCAAGACUAGCUGCAGGAUUAUCAUCAGAAGGUGCAAUAAUUUAUCGUGGUUUAACUGGUCCAGAAGAAUGCCAGCUGUGUUCUGUACGAUAUUCGUCUAAGUCACCUCUGCAAGAGCACGUAUUUUCACGAAGACAUAUUGAAUCGGUAAGAACAGCUGUCGAAGAUGGAAGUUUAUUACCACCUACUCCAGGAGCUCCCAUAUUGCGAGAAAAUGCUAUUGCCAGUACUGCGAAUGCCGAGCAUGGCAACCAAUCGCAGACUGAAGAAAAUAUGAUGUACGGGUCAUUGUUCCUUCAUCCCACGGCAAUGUUUCAGUCGCAGCAACUGCAGCAACAGCAACAUUCCGGGAAUAUUUCAACUAGCACUACUACCACUGUAGCUGGUGAAUGUCUGGCUGACCUCCUAGAUUCCUAAACUCAUGUUAUCGAAAUUCAAAUAGGUAUUUGGUACAAGAAAAUUUGACUGCUAAGCUAUUGCUUACAUGUCAUUUUUAAUAAGAUAUAUUCAAAUGAAUACCACCGAAUUACGUAUGCAUGAGCAGCGUUAUGUGUUGUUUUCGCGUAGGUGAAGUGUAUACUAUAUUUUUAAUAUGGUCCGUGUGAUAAUAUAGAAGGACCAUUAACUAAUGCGACUCUAUUUGUUUAGAUUUUAAAAUACCUUUAUAUAGCGCGAAUAUUAUAUCCAGUGCUAGGCAAUACUGAAAGUUCCUAUCAAACGACUAUUAUAUUAUAAGAACUAUGAAAUAUUAAGAUAGUAUGUAGUUAUUAGAGUUAAGAGAAAUCGAGUAAGUAAAAUAAAGUAAUCACGGGAUAAAAACAGUAAA